AUGGACACAAAGUUGAAUCCUGCCCGAGAUGACCUGCCUCUCAUGGCCAAUACCAGCCACAUACUUGUGAAGCACUAUGUGUUAGAUUUAGAUGUGGAUUUUGACAAUCAUAUCUUUGAGGGUACUAUAGUGCUUUUUUGUGAAUCAGUAAACAAACUCAAAAGAUGGAGUAGUUCUUCUGAGGAACCCUGUCCAGUGGAUUCAUGCAGAGACCUUGAAUUUGGGAGCACUACCCCCUGCCAUGCUUCUGUGACAAGCACAAGACCCUUCUCAUCUAAAGUGAAAUAUAAUGAGUUUACAAUCUGUGGUGAAGGUGAAACAGAUACUUCUGAGAAGGAUGGUAACCUUAACAACCAGGAACAGACUUCUGGUACAAAGUGCUGCUUUGAUGCAAGGAGUCCUGGGAGUCAAGAUUUUUUGCUAGUGUUGGACUGCUGUGAUUUGUCUGUGUUAAAGGUAGAGGAGGUCGAUGUAUCUGCUGUGCUAGGUAUUGAAAGAUUUACAAAGUCUCUCCAGCUCACAGCUGGCCCUGAGGAGCUCAGGAAUCAUAUUGUACAUCAACUUGUGACUCUGUCGGCUGAUCAUUGGAGGGAGCAGUUAGACUAUUAUGCUCGUUGCAGCCAAGCUCCUGGCUGUGGCGAGCUCCUGUUUGCCACUGACUCCUUGAGCUUACAGAUCAGAAAGACAGGGGCUCAGACAGCUGCUGGCUUUCCACAUGCUAUAAGAAUAUGGUACAGAACCACCCCUCAGGGGGGAUCAGUGACAUGGACUUCAGACCAGACUGGCAGCCUGCACCGCCUCCCCCUCCUCCGGCUCUGCCUCAGCUCGUUCGCCGCGCGUCUCGCACUCGGAGAGCCGCAGCUGCAGCAGCGAGGACAGCCUGUGCAGCGCCAGGCCGGGCACGCCAGAGGGAGCUUGCGAUGGCAUUAUUAUGUCACCAUUCCGAUGCCAGCCUCCACUUUCACUGUUGCUGUGGGGUCUUGGGCAGAAAUAAAGCCAGAGGCCUGCUCAUCCAGUGAUGUGGCAACAGAAAGAGCCUUCCCACCUGCAGAGGCCGACUUCAGGGAUGCUUGCGUUUGUAAUCACAUGGAAUAUCCCUGCCGCUUCCAGGAUGUUUCUGCCACCACUCAGGACAUCAUUCCUCAUCGAGUGUUUGCCCCAGUGUGCUUCAAGGAUGUCUGUCAGAAGACCCUUCUGCCGCUGAUAUCUCCUUGCCUCUCAGCAGCACAUUCUAUUCUGGGAACACACCCGUUUUCCAGGUUGGAUGUAGUUAUCGUCCCUGCAAACUUUUCAAGUCUGGGUAUGGCCAGUCCACACCUCUUCUUCCUCUCGCAGAGCACCUUGACUGGAGGCAGCCACCUGUGUGGGACACGCCUCUGCCAUGAAAUUGCUCACUCCUGGUUUGGUCUUGCCAUUGGGGCCCUGGACUGGACAGAGGAGUGGUUGAGUGAAGGAUUUGCCACUCACUUGGAAGAUGUAUUUUGGACUGAAGCACAGCAGCUAUCCCCUCUGGAAGCCCAGGAGCAGUGUGAGUUGAGGGCCUGUCUGCGCUGGCUCCGCCUCCAGGACGAAGUACACAAUUCAGCAGAAGAGGUACAAGUGCUCAGACCGAACAAAGAGAAAACUGGGCUUGUGACUGACUCAGGAGCAUCUCUUGUCAAACACGGACUCAACCCAGAGAAGACUUUUAUGCAAGUUCAUUAUUUAAAGGGCUACUUCCUUCUUCAAUUUCUUGCCAAAAGAUUUGGAGAUGCAACAUAUUUUUCAUUUUUAAGAAAAUUUGUGCAAAAAUUUCAUGGACAAUUGAUCCUCUCCCAGGAUUUCCUUCAAAUGCUGUUGGAGAAUAUUCCAGAAGAGAAAAGGCUUGAGCUGUCUGUCGAAAACAUCCUACAAGACUGGUUGGAGAGUUCUGGAAUACCAAAGCCGCUGCAACGAGAACUGCAGGCCGGGACGGAGUGCAGGCUCGCGCGGCAAGUGGACGCCGAGGUCGCCAAAUGGAUUCGUCUUAACCAGAAACGGAGAAAACGGACACGAAAGGCGAAGGAGGAGUUGUUUGAAAAGCUUCUUCCAGAUCAGCUGGUCUUGCUUCUAGAACGUCUCUUGGAGGAGAAAACACUCCACCCAAGAACCCUGCAGAUCCUCCAGCAGACAUACCACCUCCCUAAGCAGGAUGCAGAGGUCCGUCACCGAUGGUGUGAGCUGAUCAUCAAGCACAGGUUCAUAGCAGCCUAUGGACAGGUGGAGAGCUUCCUCCUGGGAGACCAGGCUAUGGGCAUCUACCUUUAUGGGGAGUUGAUGGUUGGCGAGGACCCCAGGCAGCAGCAGCUGGCCCGCAAGUGCUUCGAACUGACCAAGGAGUGGAUGGACAGAGCAUCGGCCCAGGUUGUGGCUGAGAUGCUGUUUUAA